AUAUAUCUGAGAUUUCUUCUGGCUUUCCUCCUUUUAGAAAUGUAUCACUCACUCCAAGCAAUUCACACACCUGGGGAACGUCACUGAAACAACAAAGUUUGAGAAGAUGGCGGAGAGUUGUAAGAAAAGUCUGGAGGUCCUGAAGCUGGCUCAGUCCAGAGGUCUUCCUCCCCCUAAACAUCACUUUGAGGAGAGAUCAUUUCACACUGUCAGGAUAUUUCCAGAGCUGAGCAGCACUGACAUGGUUGUUACUAUUGUCAAAGGGAUGAAUCUUCCAGCUCCUAGUGGAAUCCAAACAAAUGACCUAGAUGCCUUCGUCAAGUUUGACUUCCCCUACCCCAGCACGGAGCAGCCGCAGAAACACAAAACAGUGGUCAUCAAGAACACUAACUCCCCAGAAUAUAACCAGAGUUUCACCCUGUCAAUCAACCGGAACCACCGCGGCUUCAGGAGGGUGGUGAUGUCUAAAGGCCUCAAACUGGAGCUGCUGCACAAAGGGUGAGUCACAGAAAGCUGCUCACGCC